AAAGUAUAAAAAGACACAGAAAAUCAUCAGAAGUCAUCAGUUUCCAAGCUUCGUUCUCAAAGCAUCAGCUCUCCUUUCAUUCAAACGAAUCAAUAUGAAGAUCUUUGUCGUUCUUUCUGCUCUCGUCUUGGCCGUUUGCGUUGUGAAUAGCCAAUGCAAACCGACAGGCAACACUAACAUCAAUCAAAAUAGCAACGAAAACUCCAACUUCGAUUUUCUGUCCAGUUUUCUCAGCUCGUGGAUUCAACAAAGAAAAGCCAAUGCCGCGGCCAAAGCAGUUACUAGCCGAGCUAGUGUUGAGUCCCCGGUUGCCGUAACCACUGCCAAGCCAGUAGCUGCCGAUGUUCAAGAAGACAAUCAGCAGGUCGCUGAUGAAAUCGAAACACCUGCCGAUGAUAGCGUGGCUGAAGUUGCUUCCAUGGAUGAAUCUGCCCCACGAUCUGAGCUUCAACAAGACGAGCCCCAACAAGACGAGCCCCAACAAGACGAACUUCAACAAGACGUGCUUCAACAAGAACUUCAACAAGACGAGCUUCAACAAGACGAGACCCAACAAGACGAUUUGGCUUCUCAGUUCAAAUUCAUCCAAACGAUGAUGACGAAAGAUCUUUAGAUUUUCUUAGCCCACUAACAAAAUACGACCACGAUGAACGGACUAGUUUUGGUAAAAACUUUUUAACGAAUCAGUAAGAUCGCAGGAUAUGGGAAAUUCACUUUUGUCCUUGUAAUGGCAGAGGUUUAAUGAAUAAAUGAAUGUCUAUUAGCAAA